GGAGUCGGCGGACCAGGCCUGGGAUGGACAAGCUGAAGAAGGUGCUGAGCGGGCAGGACACCGAGGACCGGGGCGGCCUUUCCGAGGUUGUUGAGGCAUCUUCAUUAAGCUGGGGUACCAGAAUAAAAGGUUUCGUUGCAUGUUUUGCUAUAGGAAUUCUGUGCUCACUGCUGGGUACUCUCCUGCUGUGGGUGCCGAGGAAGGGAUUGAUCCUCUUCAUAGUGUUUUAUACCUUUGGUAACAUCGCAUCACUUGGCAGCACCAUCUUCCUCAUGGGACCAAUGAAACAGUUGAAGCGAAUGUUUGAGCUUACGCGUUUGAUAGCAACAACCGUGAUGCUGUUGUGUUUGGUACUUACCCUGUGUUCUGCCUUUUGGUGGCAUAACAAGGGACUUGCCCUCAUCUUCUGCAUUUUGCAGUCUCUGGCCAUGACGUGGUAUAGCCUUUCCUUUAUACCAUUUGCAAGGGAUGCUGUGAAGAAGUGUUUUACUGUAUGUCUUGCAUAACACCCAGCCGGUUUUGCAAAGCUUUGGAAGGCACAAUGGAUGGAUGCUGGUGGACAGUUUUGUAGAUAUUUUCUAAACCUGUCUUACAGAGAUGUGCCUUUUAGCUUGCAGCAAUGUGUUGCUUGUGAUUUGAACAUUUGAGGGUUACUUUUUAGAAGCAAUGAUAUGUUCUUAAACCUAAAUGUCUGUAGUGCAGUAUGAGAGGUGGUUCUGUAUAGUGGAGUGGAGUCUUCCUCAUGCAUCUGUUUCUUCUUUGGGUGGCGUUUCACUGAACCCUCAUAAAUGAAAGCCUUGUUAAGCAGCAGCAGAUAAGCUUUGGGAGCCAGUGAUUCCCAGGUGGCAACAGGCAACCCCGUUGGAGACCACAGGAAUACAACAGUAAGGGACAGAGUUUUCAGCCAUGAGAGGGGCCAACAGGGACUUUGCAGACUUGUCCUUCGGCCUGGAAGCCAUCACCACUGCCCUACACAGUGUGGACAUGCUUCUACUCUGGUGUCGGGAACAGCUGCAUACAAGCCUGUGGAGAGCCUGCUGUGGAGUGAAGUGGAAGAUGAAUACUUUCUGGUAGUAGGUGCCGUUUCUUAAUCUGAACCUGGCCGCUCUUGCUUUCCUGACCCCACGCCUGACUGUGGGGUGUAUUUUGCAACAUUCAGUGCACCCUCUUGGGUUGGGUUGGGUUGGGUCCCUCCCUCUCCACACACAGGUACAUAUCUUUACCUAUGAUCUUCUGGAACUAGAUUGGGAGAGAACAAGGCAGCAGCAGAGAACGCUGGACAAGAGCUGGUAGGAAGUGGAAGAUCUCACUGCUCUGUGUUUUUUUUUUUUUUUUCCCCCUUCAUUAUUUAUAAUUAUUUGCUCUUAAACUGAUUUUGUUUUCUGUUCUCACCUGGAGCAGGGCCAGUGGAGUGCUAGAAGGAAGUAGGCAUGCCUGCCCAGUGACCUUUAAAUAGUCCCAGCGUUUGCACCUCAGCCUGUACAGGAAACCCUGGAGCAGGAUACCAGACUGAAGGGUGGUGAUAUCUCAGCUUUAUGCCUCAGCACCUACAAAGUGCUUUUGUAUCCGUGACUGGAUUUUAUCCUUACGAGAGCCUUGUGACAAAAAAGGGCUUACUGUCCCACCAGGAGACAAGGAAAUUGAGGCCCAAAGAGGUUGCUAGAUCUAGUCAGAGCCCCAGUCAGUAGCAGAGCUGAGCCCAGAGCCUGGGUGCCUCAGCUUCAGGCAUCCUUCAUGACCUACAGUUUCCUGACAUGUCUCUGAUGAUACCUCCUGUAACUAUUUUCCCUGGUUUCAUCAGCCAAGCCUGUGCCUCUUCUGUUCUGGUCCCAGUCCCUUAACUUAAAGUUGAACUACCCCCAACCCACAUCUUUCUUCUCGAAAGCUUCCUGCUUGGACCAUAGGAUGUUCAAUGGUCCCUUGUAUUUCCUUUCAGCUCCUUGCUGUCUGACCAUUAUAAGUGCCCUAUCUUGAUCAGCCAAGUUCUUGGCACCCCAGGAUCUCCAGUCCCCUACAUAUGAAGCCUACCUGGGCUUGCCUUUCUACCCUUUACCCAGGUCCAGCUGGUCCUCUUUGAGCUGCUCAGUUAGGCUUCUGCUCCAGGUACCCUCAAACCAAGGGCAGUGGCCUGCUUGUUGUUUCCUUGUUUGUGGCUAAUUGCUGAACUUCUGAAUUCCUAGUCUUUUCUUUAUUCUGCUGUGGCUGAGACCUCAGAUUAGCUAGCUUUUUAUUCUGAACUGGGGAGGUAUCAUGCCUAAUGGGGUCCAUAGGCUGGAGCCAGUCUUCCCAGGUCCUUUCUAGAUUGAGGUCGCAAACUUGCCUUCAGGCAGGGAGGAAAGUUACAUGUUACCCUCUGGCCUUUGUGGGGUUCUCUCACAUCCCAGGAAUCUCCUGGAGGCUCUGGUGUGAGGCAGGGCCAUGAAGGAGGUCAGGAGUGCUUAUGGCUCCUUCUCUUUAGAGCUGGUGUGAGGAUAGGUGGGCUCUGUGAGCUCCAAGCAGCCUGCAGUAGUUCACCUAAAAGGCAAAGCCUCUGUGCCCUUUUUAUUGGCUAGACUUGACUUUGUUGGACAUGAGGUUGAGAUACCUUUGAAGAUGAAUAGUAUAGUGGUGGUGAAAGUAGGCUUUGUAGUCAAGCAGACCUGGGUUGAGUUGUGAUUCAGUCACUUACUAGUUGUGUCAUGUUGAACAAGUUACUAAACCUCUGCUUUCUCAGUUUGCUCAUCUGUUAGAAAAAUGGGGAUAACAGUUCCUACUGGAUCAUCGAGGGCAUCAGUGAGAUAUGUCAAGUGCUUAGCAUGGGCCUGGCAGAAAUAACUGAUGACCUUUGAAGAUGACAGAAUGAAUAUCUUAUUUAUUUAACAAAUACUUACCUAGUACGUGCUGUGUCCAGCACUGUAGACACUGCCAUACAUUUACUCCAUUUAACAUUCAGAAUGACUGCUAUACCAAUGGUCUUGUCUCCAUUAUGAUGGAGAAGGAACAGGCUUAGGUCAAGGAGCCUGUACCAGAUCUCACCAGCAGAAGGUGAUGGGGAGGGGUUCUUGGCAGGAGAUCAGGCUUAACGACUUCUGCCCUGCCAUGAGUUUUGUGGUCUGGGAUUGAGUUUUGUGAUUUGGGGCAGUUUGCUCAGACAGCUGCAGUCAGGACUCUGUAGGCAGCUUUUGGAUGAUCCUGCAUGUGAACUCCUAGAUUUUUCUUCUGCUGCCUUACCCUUUGGGUGCUUUCCUACUUGUUUUUGUUUGAUGGGCUGUGAGAAGAAGGCGAUUUCAAAUCUGCUGAAAGCUGUUGUCGAGCAACAGCACUGGUUAAAGUUGUAGGUGAGCUGAGUGUGUGAGAGUUUGGGUUUUAGACCCUGCGGCCUGCAGUGAACUCUGUUUUCCUGCCACCUGCCUUUCAUCCUAUCACUUUCACUGCUGGGUGAAUGGAGAUCGUUGAGUUUUGGGAGUGAAGUGAACUUGAACCAUUGAGGUGACUGUUUUGCAGAUCGGAAAGUGUGGUGCUCUUCCAAGGUUAAUGCGUCCAAUUGUGUGGAAGUGCUGGCUUGAACGCUGUCUCACCUAAGCUUACUGGCUCUGUGACGGCUAUGUUGGAAGGAGCACUGCUCUCCAAACCAAGAGAACUGGUUUCCAGUCCUGACCGCCUCACCUCCUUCUCUUAGAAGUCUCUUAGAGAUUGCUUGUUUGAUAUUGGGCAAAUCUGUUUAGCAACUCACUGACUCCCACAUCCUAGUCUCACUAUCUUGAAGAAUGUGCUCAGGGGAGCCCUUUGUUUCCUUCUUCUGUAUGACUGUGCCGCUAGCUACUGUUGCCCAGGCUGGGGCUUGAGACACAUUCUGUCACAGACAAGCUGCCUUGUGUCUGGGAAGGAUGAAACACUAUCCCCAGUUGAGCAUUUUUACAGGGUUGCUGCCAUCUACCCAUCAGCCUUACAUGGCAGCUUUGUAGAUUUAUCAGCCUGAGUGCCACUCCCCUUCCACCCUGAUUGUGUAUGCUCAGUGAACAAGAAAUAAAAUCAUGAAAUGUAAUCAAAUAAACUUACUUCUGGAUACUUCCAUUCGAAUAAAUAAGAAGUGGGCCAUACCUUUAAAAAAAGAGUGGAAGUGGCGGUGGGGCGGGGAUACUGGUUUGGCCUCUGCUUUAAUAGCCCUGUGAGAGUGAUAGGUGCCGCAGCAUAAAUGAGGAGGCUUAGGGACUGAGGAAAUUGCACUGCAGCCCUGUGACUGGAUUUUUCUGUGGGACAAUCUACAGCAGGCCUUUGGUAUCUUCUCUUUCCUCAGAUAACUUCAGACUAGAGUUGCUUCAGGAUUGCAAGUACUUUUAAACUCACAAUGAAUGGUAAAACCUUGUUUUCUGCAAAUAAACGAAGAUCAGUGUUUAAGCUAUAUAAAGCCAUUUUGCUAGAUUUUUUUUUAAAUCCAAGGGCUGUUUUUUUGUACAUUGUCAGAUGUACAGUAGUUUCUUUGCAGAUAGCCUUUUUUUAAAAAGCUAAUAGACCUUCAACUAAAGUUAACUACAGAUUUAUGUCUGUGUAGUUCUUGAUAUUUAAAAAACAAAACAAAACAACUAGAACACUAAAUCUUUUUGAAAUUCCUAUUUAAAAAGUUGGGGAGUCAAAUUAUAUGACUUUAAAGUACUUUCUAAUUCUGAUUAUUCAUAAUUUUAUGAAAUUCUGAGAUCUUGAGAGUUUUGAGUCGAGUGAAGAGGAAAGUGCUGUGGUGGUACUUGGUCCCAGUGCACGCAGGAGAGAGGAAAUUGAAUUCCAUUGCUGGAUAUUCCCAUUUCUGCCCCAGAUGCAUGGGUGAUGCUCUUAAGCCCCUGAUACACUUUACCAUUGGCUUACCAGGUUUCUGUUGCACAGGCUUCGUAAAGCCCUGGCAGAGAUCUCCUGCGGGUUCUUGUUAGGCCAGUGAGGCUAACAGGCAGCAGCCCGUUAGUGUACCUUGACAAUAUACAAUUACACACUUUCUAGCUGAGCUAAUAAAGUGAUAAUGGGUUUAGAAAUUUAGAAAAUGAUUUUUUAUAGACAGAGUGAUCUGAAAUCAGAGAAGAGCGAAGCCAGUGGCCAGGAAAAAACUUGGAUGUUUAAAAUGAAAGAUCAGUUUACAGCAUUGUAAUAAACAAUUAACAAUGAUGUAUGUAUUCACAACAAAGUAAGGUCACUACAUUUAAUAAUCAGCCAAAAAAAAAAAAAAAAAAAAA